AUGAACAAUAAACAAGAUCAUACCUCAAGUGAACACAACGAAGGGUCUAAAAUACAAAAUAAUCAAUGGAUUGUCUCCGCACCAACUAAACCAGUACCUCUUCGUGCUUGGUCAUUAGACGAUUUUGAACUAGGCGAUCCUCUUGGCGAAGGAAGAUUCGGACGAGUUUAUCAAGCAAAAGAAAAAACAAGUGGUAAGAUCGUUGCGCUCAAAGUAAUAUUUAAAAGCGACUUGAGAGAAUAUAAACUUGAAGGACAAUUGAAACGUGAAGUUGAAAUUCAAUCUCAUUUAAGGUAUACUUAUCUUCAAGAGAAGAACGUCAUUCAUCGAGAUAUGAAACCUGAGAACCUGUUGUUAUCUGAAAAUGGUGAUGUUAAAAUUUCUGAUUUUGGAUUGGCGAUUCAUGCACCAAAUCAACAAAGUACGGGUCAUGAUGGUAAAAUUGAUUCAUGGGCCCUUGGCGUCUUAUGUUAUGAAUUCUUGGUCGGUGAACCACCGUUUGCGGAUAUGGAUAGUGAAUACAAUACUCGCAUCCGAAUUGCAGAAGGUCGCGACACAUCCAUGGAUUCUCAAGUAUAG